UGCCUGUCGCCGGAGUCGGGUGUGGGUCUCCUGGAGCCAUGGAGGGCGAGCCGCUGGCAGAGGACGCGCUGCUGUGGCAGCUCCGGGACAGCCGCCGCCGCUUCCAGACGCGCAUGCAGCGGCUGAUAGAAAAGUACAACCAGCCCUUCGAGGAUGCACCGCUGGUGCGGAUGUCCACGCUGACCUAUGAGACACCCCAGGGCUUGAGAAUUUGGGGUGGAGGAUUAGUAAAGAAGAAAAACAAAGAACAAAUCCAGGACUCCCUGGUGAAGACUUUUGAGGACACCCGGGUCAGCAGGAGCAGCGAUGACCCCACGGAAGCCGAAGCCCAAGGUACGGUGCUCCCCGAGCCCAGCACGCCAGCCCUGGGAGUGGAUUCAAAAAGCAGUGAUGCUGCGUCUUUAUGUGAGGAAGACGUGGUUGCCGGGGCCUUCAUGCCUGCAGUGCCUUGGAGCCCUUUGAAAAAUGAGUUAAGAAGGAAGUACUUGACCCAGGUGGAUACACUGCUGCGGGAUGAAGGGUGUUUAGAGUGUGCUGAUGACGGAGACGGAGAGGACACACGCGUGACACCGACCCCUCCACAGGCCUCUCCCGCCAGGCCCGCCCCUGGACGCCGCGGCAGCAUGUCCAGGGAGAGUCCCGGCGGCCCAGUGUGGCCGGCUUCACGCCCCUGCUCAGCAGCCCUGGCCCUGGUGCCUAGAGGUGACGGUCUCUCGCUACAGGGACCCGGGGGGCACAGCUUCUCCAGCAGCCUGUCCUUUGAGCCCGAUGACAUCUGUGACGUGACCAUCAGCGAUCUGUACGCGGGCAUGCUGCACUCAAUGAGCCGCCUGCUGAGCACAAAGCCAUCGUGCGUCAUCUCCACCAAAACCUCGUUCGUUGUUCACAGCUGGCCCUCGAGGAGCAGACGCUCCCGGAGCAGAAUGAACAGGACUCGCGGCCCGGGCGGCCGGCACUGUCCAAGGGGCUCCCGGGAGAGGCCCCCCGUCCCUGCCGAGCCACCCAAGGAGGCGGAAGUGUUAAGAGAUUGUGAGAACAUACUAGAUGCUUCUGGCCAGAAGACGGGUGUGAAACUGGAAAAAGCUUUUCUUGAAGUCAGCAAACCCCGAGUCCUUAAACGGGAUCCAGGCUGGAAAGAGUUUAAGGGGUUCAGGAGUCUAACACCCCAGAGGCCUUCUUCAUUAACAUAUGGAGACUCAAGCCCAGGGUGUCAUCUCGAUCCAAAAAAUAGAUACAAGGCCUUAAAAUGGUUGAUUUCUCCCGUAAAAAUCGUGUCCAGAUCAAGAAUCCUGCCAGGCAAGGGAGCGAAUUAUUACAGGGAAAUUGAAAUCAAGUUUGAUAAGCUUCAUCGGGAAUAUUGCCCCAGUCCCCGGAAGCAGCCCUUCCUGACUUCUCUCCCGGGAUCCUUGGCCGUGGACGUGUACAGGGGUGGCCCAGCGAGCCCCCGUGGCCCCCGCGGCUUAGAAACCCGCCGGCUCAGCGGAACUUUUGGCACAGCAGAAGCCAAGAGGUUAAAUGAGGCCUUUGAAGAGCUGGGUGAAGGAGCUAUGGGAGCAGGGCGAUGCCUGCAGAAAUGGGGUCCCCCUCCCUCGCUUUCAGAGACCAGCCCCGUGCGGAGCCCAGGCCGCUCCGAACGGACACUUCUUCUCCAAGGGAACAAGCUCGGAAUACUUAGCAAGUCCAUAUCGCCCAGCAAAACUACUUCCGCAGCAGGGGUACAGCCUCUAAGCUGUGACAGAGAUCGUUACAAGGAAAUAAAAGAACAGUUUGACAAGCUUCAUCAAAAGUAUUGCCACAAAUCCCCUCCGCGGACGAAGGCACUUUUACGUAUCAGAGCACCUCCAGAUAAAGCAAGUGUGGAAGUUCAGUAUCAGAAGGGCACCGUGGGGAAAUUAAAUCCAGACCCUGGCUUCCGAGGUCCCCCGAGGCUGUUGGCAUCACCCCCGCGGAGCAUAGAGCGUCCACUGCACGUAACCACCACUGCGGCUCAACCGUUAACAUGCUUUGUGCUCACCGCCGGCAGGGGCCACCAGUCCCCUCCAAAGAGACGCCGAUUGUCAGAUUCUGUGCUGUGUGGACCGUGGGCCGGUUCCCAGGAUUCCCCGAGAGAGGUGGGCCAGCCCGUCCCCAGGCCGGGGGAGAGGCCUGCUCCUUACAGCCCCGCUGAGAAAAGAAGGAAAGAACACAUCUUUCAAGACGGAAGAGAAAAGUGAUUUUGUAUUAGAAAACUUCAAAGCUGGAGAUGUAAAUAGCCAACUUAUUUUAGAGAUUUGUCCCUCUUCUCCCUUACUCUGUGUGGGGUUUUUUUUUUAAUCCUCAAGAAUAUGUGAGA